AUGAAUAAUCAUCGUGAAGGCGCAUUCCUACCACCUCUCUUGGGUGAAUUGAACUACUCUGAUUGGAAAAUAAGGAUGAAGAUGUUCAUCAAAUCUAUCGAUGAAUGGGCCUGGCGCGCGAUUCUAAUUGGUUGGACACCUCCUACCUCAAUGAAUGAGUCACACGAGAUCAUUCAAACCCCAAAAGAGAAGUGGAGUGAUGAAGAAGUACGAAUCGCAGAUUAUAAUUCCAAGGCAACCAAUGCUAUCUUGAGUUGUAUCGAUGAAGACCAAUUCAAAUUGAUAUCAAUGUGCAAAUCAGCAAAGGAGGCAUGGGAUGUUCUACAAGAGGCCUACGAAGGAACUACUCAGAUAAACGAGUGCAAACAGACUGUCGCUGAAACUGUUGCAACAGUUGAACAGACUGUUAAGACAGAACUUAGGUAUGAUAAGUUACAUUCAAUAUCCGAUAAAAUAUUAACUCCGUUAAAUCUUGCAGGUGAUGAUUGGGAUUCAGAAAACAACAGCGAUGAUGACGUGUCAUCCUUGGAAGAAUUAAAGGAGUGCUAUGAAAGGAUGUACGAAAAAUUUCUUCAGGUAUGCGAGUCGAAUAAAUUCUUAGAAAAAGAGAAGCUUGUCCUAAUUGAGGAAAACAAAGUAUUGAAGGAAGAAUUAUGA